AAAAAGUUAUAAUACUUUCUUUAAAAUUUUUUUAUCAUAUGCAAAUUCAUACUGUUAAAACAUAACAAGUCACAAUAUUUCUCUCUGCGCCAAGCUUUAUAUAGACAAAUCAAAAGCCGUGUAUUAUAGUGUAGAUGGUAAGGGUUUAUACGAAAUAAGAUCCGCGAAUGUCGGUAAGAAACUAUCUUCAUUUGGCACGAUUGUAGAUAAGCAAGAAGAAAUAUCCAAAUUUAGACAAAACAAUGAAACAUACGACGCGAAAAAAAUGCGAAAUCUUAAAAUUGUUAUGACAACUUUGAAGCAUCGCUUUCCAAAUAUAUAUUAUAGGAUAGAGAGUAACUUAAAUUUUAAGAUCAAGCGCAACCAAUCAGUCAAAGUGUGCGGAUUAAGCCUUAUGGGUAAUGAUGUUAGGCUAAAUACACGCUGCAUAAUUUGUCACAAUUUGACCUCUUUAUUUGCAAAAAGAACUAAUUUAAAUGAGAUUGAAAUUUCGCAAAUGGAUAAAUAUGUUGAAAUUAGAAGGAAAUACGAUGAACUGACAACCAUUAUUAUACUUGAGGAUAUAAGCUAUCUGACGCAUGUCACAAUAGGUACAAAUGAUUCAGAAAAUGUUCGAAAAAAUCUUUAUAUGCCUAACAGUUUCCAUGAGCUAAAGGUUUAUUUAGAGGACUGCAAUAAAGAAACCAAACCAUUAAAAAACGAAAUGCGUAAAUCUAAUAACAAAAGAGCAAGAUCUUUUGACAGGAGGAUAAAAUAUCCAGAUUAUACGUUCGAUCAUGUUCUUAAUUUAACCAUAGCCUUUGACGCGAGGACUCUUUGCAAAUAUUGCCAAAAAUUAGGGAUUUACAAUGUCGGAAGAUUUUUUAAUGAAUAUUAUCCAAAAAAACCAAAUCCUAUCAACUUAAAGAAUAUAUUAUUAAAUUAUACUGGUGAUGUGUUCGGCGAGUUUGAAGGUUAUUUUAUUAAGGAAACAUCUUUCAACCCAAACGAAGAAAAUAAAACAAUUAUGAACAUUUUUUUACAGGACGAUAUUGAAAAUAUCCAUAAUAUUGUUUGGGGUAAAAAUAAUUACAGUCUGAUAAUCAACCACGAAGCUUCUUUGACCCUUACUACUGAAAAAUUUGAUGAAAAAUGUGAAAUGGAAUUAAUCAAUUUGCGGCCAUCGACGAUUUUACGUACAACUCUUCCUUGUCCCGAUCUUUCUCCGUUGACUUUAACUCAAAGAAAGGAUGGUGUAUUGGUUCAUUAUAUUAAUCCUAUCAAUAACAAGAGGGCCGGCUUGUUGUAUAAAGAUCAUCUUUUACUAAGAAUCGAUUGCUCUGGCAGAAAAAUUGACUUAAACUUAAACUCUGAACAAGGACCAGAUAUUGUAUUGAGCAAAAGACUUCAGAGAUGCUAGUCACCCGAUGAAGGCAUUAUCUUUCCUUAUUUAUAAAACACGAGAUUAACUCGAUCAAAAUUUAGCAAAAAUGAAAAUUAAUUUUUAAA